GUACUUGUGGAAUAAUUACGCUUGAGAAAUUUAUCGUCCCUUGCGUUUAAUAUAGAGCUUUGAUUAAAUACUGCUCUGUUCUUAUAAUCAAUGAUCUCUGAUAAUUGGAAAGCUAAGCAUGAUUUAUAAAUGUGCAAACAAAUCUAUUGCAUUUUAUACAACGAUUGGCGUAUUGUCUUAAAGAGCAACACUUUGUUUUAUUGAACCGAUUAACUAUCAACGUGCUUUAUAGUUCUUUUAUUUAACGGAUAUUGAAAUAUUCAGCAGACAAAAGGAUGGCAGAGAGUUCUGAUAAAACCCAAACCGGUAAAACUGUAGUAAUCGGCAUUGAUGGAAGCCAAAAUUCACUGUUUGCAAUUGAAUGGUACGCAAGCCAUGUACACAGACAUGAUGAUCACGUGAUAUUGGUUUAUUGUGUAGAGAUGAGCGAAGUUCUUACAUCGUCAGACUGGUACCAUUCUCCAAACCCGGGUGACGUAGAUGCGUUCAAAACUAUUCUAGAUCACGAAGUUAAAAAGGUCCAAAGUAGGUUGGAAGAAUUUGGAGAAUUACUGAAGAGGUUGAAGCUAAACGGAGUUGUAAAAAGUGCACAAGCCCCAAAACCCGGAGAAGGAAUCCUUCGUGUUGCUAAAGAGGAAAAUGCUUCUAUGAUCGUUACUGGAACAAGAGGUCUUGGUAAAAUACGAAGAACAUUAUUGGGAAGUGUCAGUGAUUAUUUAGUUCACCAUUCUCCUGUUCCUGUCCUCGUUUGCAGAUUCAAAGAAAAGAAAUAGAAACCAAAUACAUUUAAAAUAACUUUAUUUGAUAAAAAGUAAAAUAUUACAAGUCUCACUAUCAUGUUAAACGUAUCAAGUGUGAUUGGGAGUUUAAUAGAGUUCAUGUAACACAUAUACAUUUUAUUGUUGAGUUCACAUAGGAAUGCAAAUCCGUUACACUAUAGAUCUAGUGAUGAACUGUAUCGUUUAUUUCACAACUGUACGCAAGGAUAAGGGUAUGAUAAGCAAUAACAGUUAUGAAUCUAAUUAUUGAAAGGCGAAAUAAACCAAAAGAAUAAUAUUUAUACAAAAAAGUUGAAAACAAUCUGUAUCUAGCUGAAAGUAAAGGAAUUAAAACUGAAAAUAACACUCAAA